GGGAAGCAAACAUGGCAAGACGGCCGGGCAUACGAGGGAAACUUCAAGCAAGGCAAGUUCCACGGCAAGGGCCGCAUGGAGUGGCACACGCCGAAAGGUUUGAUGUUGUACGAUGGCGAAUACUUCGAAGACUUGAAGCACGGACACGGCAAAUACAUUUGGCCGGACGGUCGCAUGUACGAAGGCGGCUGGAAGGAGGGGCUGCGAUGCGGGCAGGCGACCUACACAAACGCUCAGGGCCAGAGCCGAACAGGCAUUUGGAAGGAUGACAAGGUUGAGCGGUGGCUGGACGAUGCUCCACCUGCUCCGCCUUCCCACUAG